AGAGUGGUCAUGUUGAUAUUAAAUGAAAAGAAAACCGGUCUACUUUCAAAGGCUAAGCGGUUGUAUUAAUCGAAUGGAUUAAGUCUACUAAGCAAAUUAUAUAGUCUUUUGCCCAAAAGGAUGUCGGCUGCCCUCAAGUCUAUCGGGAACGCUUUCGCGUCACAAGCCGGGCCUGGAGCAGCGGGUAAAUUGAUGUUUUUCAUCCGCGUCAUUCAAAAACCAUGAUGAAUGCUCACGCAUGGAUGACGAUCAAAAAGUAACCAAAGCAUCUCUUAAGACUAUCCUUAACUUAGCAGGUUAUUCCCUCGCUUUCGGCGCUGUUUGCGGUAUAGGGCUAUCAACGGUUGUCGCCGGCGGUCGGGCUCUGCAUGUCCUAUUAGCAGAUCACGACCACUACAAGCUGCAGUCUCGUCAGCGAUACCUGGACAAGCAGACUAUCUUCUUUUAUGGUUUUCGUUUUGUUCCACCUGGAGGUCCAUGCGUCCAUGCCUAUCAUACUUGUUUUCGUGGUGCUCUUACAGCGUUUUUUACAUCUUUCUUUUCUUCCAAGUGUCCAACGAAUAGUUACUAGAGUUAGCACGAGUAUCUGAAUACUGCUUCCAAAUGUUCAACAUCCAAUCUAAUCCGUCUACUCCUUCCUCAGGCUUAUUAUUUGUUCCCUCUGGUCCAUGCCUAUCAUGCUUGUGGUGCUCGUACAACUUUUUUUACGUGUCGAUCGUGGGUGAUCGAUAUGGUGUAUCAUGGUCAAAAAAUAUGGAGAUGGACCUAAAUCUUCUAGUACAACUAGUUCUCGCUCUAAUCUCGCCAAGAGCUCCAGGAAGAGAACGAGGGGCAUCGACUAGCGGCACUUGCGCAGGAAUACGAUCCGGUCGCCUGUCGUCCACCCUUCGGCAAGCUUGAUGCAAAAUACAAGUUCUAAGAAGAAGUUUCCAGUUCCAGAUGCCAUAUGUGACGCUGCUUCUCUGUUGUAACAAAGAUAAGGCAUGAGAUCAUUUUCACUUCUUUCAAACGAAUAUCCUCUGUGUGAUGGAUGAUCCCUUUUGAACCUGAUUGAUGUGACAAACAGACACAUCACAAAGAAAGAUGUCCACCUCCUGUUCGAUUUUCCUGGACGCGCGAACGGGAAGUUCCUUAUGAAAGUUUUCUAAACUACAU